AUGUUUCUCGAAAUCCUUGACGACGAUGUGCUCGUUGAUAAAGAAAAGUUGAUGGCUGCCUCAUAUUAUGGCGUGCCAGAUGCUGUUCGUGCAAAAGUUUGGAUGCAUUUACUAAAUGUAUCUGAUUCUUCGCAUCAUUUUGAAGGACAGCAAGUUGUAGAGCGCACAAAGUACUAUAAAUCUCUGAGACCAACAACAUUUCCUUAUAUCAAAAACGCUGUUAACACUGUAAUUCAUCAUAUGGCUUUGACAGAAGAAAAUAUCUCAGCAGGAUUAUCAAAUAUACUUUGUAAUUACUUCUCAUGCAAUCCUAACGUCCAUUUCAACAUGGGAAUCGUUUCAUUAACAGUUCCAUUAUUCAUUGCAUCAGAAAAUGAUGAAGUAUCAUCAUUUUUCUUAUUAACCAAUCUUUUGGAUCGAUGGUACUUCCAAAAUUCUGAUGAUAUUCAUAUUAAACAAGCAGCAAAACUUGCAAAAUAUAUAAGUAUUUUCUAUCCUGAUUUGGCAAACCAUUUCUCGUCCGAAGCUCUCGAUAUGAGCGAAAUUUUCAUCCAUUGGUUCCAAUUCUACCACUCUACAGCCCUUCCUAUUCAAUCUUUGUUAAGAUUGUGGGAUACCUAUCUAUCUCUUGACGCAGAACAUCUCAGAAAGACAACUUUGUUUGUUUCUCUUGCUCUCGUUGAAAGAUUGAUGCCAAAAAUCUUAAGAAUGGAACAUAUCGAAAUCAAGAACUUUUUGUCUCAUCUUCCAUUUAUUGAUAUUGAUGUUCUUUUGGUUCAAGCUCAGACAAUGCAGUCUCAAUUUGCUGCAAUGUUCGCAAGUGAAAAAUCUUCCCAAUAA